GCGCUCUUAUGGCCUUGGGUCAAAGGGUAAAGGUUAAGACUUUGCCCGAAGAGGCUGUUAGUUUAAUACCUUUACCCACCUGUGGGGGGCACUAAAGUCCAGUUUUGCGCUGUUGGUAGUUUGUCCCUUGUUGUUGCCCGUAGUUACAGAGAACAUGGCGUCACACACGGGGAAGGCAUUUUUGUGCUUAGGUCGAAUAAAUGUUGCUAAUUUUGCAACAAAACCAAUGAACAGUGGCACCUACGCGACGGCGUUGGUUACACCUUCUUCUACGGCUGAAAAAGGCUUCCCUCAGAGAAGCGGUAGAGGACCCUUGGGUAGAAAAUCCAGGAGAGUGUCGGGGGAACCAAGAACAGAAAAGAUGCCAGUGGAUCAGGACUGGACGGCUGUUUAUCCAGCUGCAAUGCCAUUCAGACCAAAUGCUGUCCCCCUUCCUGUAAGGAUGGGCUACCCUUUGAAGGGAAGGGUCCCCCCUGAGAAGAACGGCAACUUGGAGCUUAUUAAAAUUCCAAAUUUUCUGCAUUUGACACCUAUAGCCAUCAAGAAACACUGCGAAGCUCUGAAACCAUUCUGCACAGAAUGGCCCUCUACCCUGGACACUGAUGCCAAAUGUGAUGAGCACUUCCCUAUAAAAGUAGAAAGCACAGACUAUGUGUCCGCUGGCCAGUCUCUGAGAAACCCUUCUGCUCGUAUCGUUCAUCUCAAAGUGAAGCUGUCUAGUUUGAAUCUGGAUGACCAUGCACGUAAAAAAAUGCUGAAACUUGUUGGAAAGAGAUACUGUAAAGACUCUGAUGUCCUGACCAUCAAAACCGACAGCUGCCCAAUGAGACUGCAGAAUUACAACUACGCCAUGUACCUGCUAACUGUCCUUUUCCACGAGUCCUGGAAAACAGAAGCCUGGGAGGCUGAGAAGACCGUGGCCGACAUGGAGGAGUAUAGCUGGGAGGACAGCCCAUCCCAGAAGAGCAUGUUAGACACGCUGUUGCGCAUGAAAGCGGGCGGGGACGGCGAGGAAGCGCAAGAGCAGCUGCUGGGAAGGAGCGAAGUGCAGGAGUACAAGGACUCUGUCACGAGGCUGAAGAAUGAAGGGGACAGCGAGAGCACAUUGCUGCAGUACAAAGAGGCUGUGAAGAAAGUACUCAACCUGUAAUAAUUGAUGAGCACAUGUAUUUUACAUGAAGACGAUCAAGAGCAGUAGUGACUGUUUUAAAUGCACUUGGAUUCUAUGACCGCCCAAAACUAAAUUGGAUACAAAAUAAAGCGUAUGAAUAUAUUCUCAUGGCUUUCAACUAAUACAUAGUUAUUGUUAUCGGGCUUCAGUACAAAAAUAAAAGUCUAGCAUCUGUUGUUAAA